UAACCCAUCCGGCCAUCCCCCUAUUGCAAGAAACCCAAAAUUAAAACGUCAUUACUAUUGCUAUAUCGGGGUCUCAGAUUCCAUUGUUUGUUUAUUUUUUCAACCGAAUCUUGAUUAUAUACGCACCACCAUCUUCGCCUGCUGCUGCUGCUGUUGUUGUUCUUCCGAUCAUCCUCUUUUUCGCCGAUCUUUCCGUAUUCAAUUCAGCGUGUAUACUAAAUCUGGGGUUAAGGAUGAAUCCGCAACAAGCGGCACCGCUAAGGUCCUCUGCGAAUGGAUUCAAUCGCCGAAGAGUGGAUAGUAAAUAUCAGCCGGGACAGUCAAACUUUGACCAGUUGACCACAGGAUUACCGGCAGGAGACAAAGGGGAAGUCGAUAGCCCUUCACGAGAACGACUUGUUUAUUUAACAACGUGUCUAAUUGGACAUCAGGUGGAAGUCCAGGUCACAGAUGGAUCGGUGUACUCCGGAAUAUUUCAUGCCACAAAUGCAGAACAUGAUUUUGGAAUAAUCUUGAAGAUGGCCUGCAUGACAAAGGCUGGUUCUUUUCAAGAACAGAAAAGCAUAUCAGAUUCUGUGAACAAACCCCCUUCUAAAACAUUAAUCAUAUCAUCGAAAGACCUUGUGCAAAUUGUAGCAAAGAGUGUACCGGUAACAAGAGACGGGUUGGCUAAUGAAUUCCAUCAUGAAAAACAGCAAGACAUUAUGACAGAUUCUUCAAUUUCUCGUUCUCGACAUGUUGAGUUGGAAAGAGAGCUAGAACCGUGGGUCCCGGAUGAUGAUAAUCUAGAAUGUCCCGAGCUUGACAAUACAUUUGACCGUCAUUGGAAUAGGGGCUGGGAUCAAUUUGAAACAAAUGCAGCAUUAUUUGGAGUAACAAGUACAUUUAAUGAGGAACUUUAUACGACAAAACUUGAUAGAGGUCCUUUGAUGAAAGAGAGAGAAAAGGAGGCACUAAGAAUAGCUAGAGAAAUUGAGGGUGAGGAUACCGAAGAUCUUCAUUUAGCUGAGGAGAGGGGCAUUCACUUCCAGAGUGGCUUUGAUCUUGACGAGGAAACGAAAUAUUCAUCUGUUUUUCGUGGUGUUGAUGAUAGUGGGUAUGAUGAAAAUGAGGACAUUUGGGAUUCAGAAAAUAUUGAAACAUUUGGAAAUGUUUCUGAUUCUGCCAUGGACAACUCAUUGGCUGAUAGUGAGAACAGAAUUCAUGAUGCCAAGGAUGGUACUAGGAAGCACAUGUUGUUUGAGCAAAAUGAGGCUGCAAAAUCUGAGGAAAUUACGAAAGAAAGCUCUGAAAAGGGACUCUCCGCAGAUGCAACUGCAUAUGCACCAUCUAAUGCCCUAUGUCAGGGUGAAGAAACCAUAAGUUGUAGUGAAGUAUCAAAGGGUGAAAAACCUGUCAAGGUACAUGAGUCUAAUACACAGCCUGCAAGCAGUUCUGGAUUAUCACCUAGCUCAUCGAUGGGCUCUCUGAAUUCAGAAAAAUCAACCCUGAACCCUAAUGCCAAGGAAUUUAGACUGAACCCAAAUGCCAAGAGUUUUGUUCCAUUGCAGACUCCUUUAAGGCCUCCAUCUCCUGUGUCUGAUGGUUCAUUUUACUACCCAAAUGUAGCUCCAGUCUCUCAUAUGCCUGUUGGCAUUGGAAUGGGCACCUCAUUUGCCCCACACCAGCCUGCUAUGUAUGGUCCCCAGACGACAUCAUAUCAACCACAGCAGCCAUAUUUUCAGCCAAACGUGCCACCGUAUGGUCAGCAGAUGCUUCUUGGUCAGUCCCGGCAGAUGGUGUACAUGCCCACUUAUCCUCCGGAAAUGCCAUACAAAGGAAGAGACUUUUAAACAUAUUCACUAGGCGUCCCUCCAGCUUUGUUAAUUAUUAUUACAUUUGCUGAUGAACUAAGACAGCUUGGAAUGGUUUUUUUUUCUCUGAGGAUUUUAUGGUCAUCAGCUUCCGAAAAGAUGAUUCGCAAAAGGGAAUCAUACCCGUUGCAACCAAACAACUUUCUUUCUCUAUACCUUUGGGCCUUUGCCAUAUUUUCCUGGUGUUUACUUUUCUUUAGUUGGUGUUGUUUAAAGUUUGUGAGUUGGGUUUAAAAAGUUAUGUAGGAACAUUUUAUCUCGUGUCGUGGUGUUGGAUUUAAAAGUAUUUAGGGAUGUUUCGACUCCUGACGGGUUUAUUUCGACUCAUGACAGGUUUAUUAGCAUACUAGUGUUUUUUUUAAGUUAUUAACUUCGAUAAUCA